AACCCAAGUCCAAGCAAUUCAUCAAGCACAAUGACCACAACUCCAGUGACAACCUUUGAUGAACUUUAUGGAGCCUUUGCUGGUUCACCUGGAGAUGAAAUUUCAUCUGAAUCUCUUUCAUCUUACAGUCAAGAGUUUAAAACUCAAUACCGGGAAUACCUUAAAAUUGAAAUAAUCAUACUUUACACACUCCUCAUCUCUGGCAGUUUAACCAAUUUGUUUGCCCUUUUCCAGAUUGCCUUUAAAAAUCACCACAAAACUGGUUCCAAUAUACUUUUAUUAAACCUUGUCAUUGUUGACCUGUUUGUCGUCCUGUUUACCAUUUUCCCACAAAUACUUUGGUGCCAAUCAAUCUCAUGGGAAGUCGGACAAAUAGCGUGUAAACUGUACCAAACACUGCGCAAUUUUAGCCUUUUCUCGUCCUCCUUUAUGGUCAUCUGUAUAAGCUACAAUCGCUAUUAUCUACUCAAAGAGCCUCACAUUUUUCAAAAGGAGAAACAAAGGGCUUACCGAAUGCUCAAAAUCACCUACAUUUCAUCAUUUCUGCUCAGUAUUCCUCAGUUCAUCAUUUAUAAAGUUCAACCUCAACCCGAUCACAAAUUCAACCAGUGCGUUGGCUUCACUUUUUUCACUUCGCAAUGGCAACUGCGAGCUUACAACUUUUACACUUUACUGGGAAUGUAUCUCAUACCUUUACAGUUGAUUAUAUUACUUUAUUCAAAAAUAAUUGCCUCUCUUAACCUGGAUAAAUAUGUUGUAGCGCGAAUGAGCAAGUCUGCUUCAAGCGAGGAACGUCUUUCACAAAAAACAAAUUGUAUGCUCAAAACUAAACGCAAAGCAAUUAGUACCUUUCUCGCAGUUACAAUAUCAUUUACAGUUUGUUGGACUCCGUACGCCUUUAUUGUCCUCUGGCAAGUGUUCAGUGGUCAAGAUGAGAUAAUCAAUCCCGUUUUUACCAGUUUAAUGUACAUGUUUGCUCUACUCUCAUGUACUCUUAACCCCAUUGUUAAUAGCAGCCAUCUUUAUCGUGUGCUCUUCUGCUGUAAAAGAUCUGGUUCCUCGUGUCAAAUGGUGAACCGUUUAAGGCCGCUACGGGGUCGUGCUAAUGGAUCUGAUUUAAAGCCAAUCAACUGCUCAAAUGAUAAAGCCAACAUACUGAAAUAGUACCAAAGCUUCAAACCUGAACCACUCGACCAAACAAACCAAAGAAUUAACAAUCCGAUAGACUGCCGUUUGGAAUGGAUUGCAAGCACAUGGCAUCAUUGGUGGAUCAAUGAUUGUGAAAAAGAGUACAAUCAUAAUGAAAUUCUGAUUCUUGUUGGUAACUCAAUCAUUUUCACUAUGCUGUUUACAUUUGUUAGUGUAAAAUGUGAGUUGAUUCCUUCAUUUCUAGUUGAGUAUGUUGCCUCACAUUUAAAAGCCCUAUAAAACAACUAACUUGAAACCAUGUCCACUGAGUCCAGUUGAAAUACUUAUUGUAAGUUUUGAGGUAUAUGAGAAGCUGCAGACUCUAUUUAAUAAGACCAAAAAUUAUUUUUCUCAUCCUUCUUCUGUGUAUGUUGCAAAUUAUUUUUCAAGUGUAACUUAAUGUCAUCAUUAAUGUUUGAAAAUUAAUAAAAAACACUGAAUAAUCAC